AGAAUAUUCAUGAACGCAUUUGUGGGUGGAGACCAGACUUUCUUGAUGUUAGAAGAAGUCAGGAUAACCAAAGCAUCACAGAGUACUCCUACAAAAAGGAUUCAUAUCAGUGUCAAGAUGCUCUGAAGAACAGCAACCAUCUCAGUAUUCCAAAAUGUCUAAAAGGAAGCCUAGCAUCUUCUAUUGUGUUAUCGUCUUUGUCUUAACAAUUCUCAAGAUACAAAUAUCUGACGAAAGUGAAUAUAGAGUUGACAGGUCAAAAGCAAACCUCACCCAUGUUCCCCAAGACUUACCUGGGAGAACAACGACUUUAGAUAUAUCACAAAAUUACAUAUCUGAGCUUCAAACUUCUGAUCUCCGACCGCUACCAAAGCUGAGGGCUUUGAUAAUAUCUCACAAUAGAAUCCAGUAUCUUGAUAUCAGAGUUUUCCAGUUCAACACAGGACUGGAGUACUUGGAUUUGUCUCACAACAAGUUGAGGAUGCUUUCUUGCCACCCCACAGUGAACUUCAAGCACUUAGACCUCUCAUUUAAUUCAUUUGAUGUCCUUCCCGUAUGCAAAGAGUUUGGCAAUAUGUCCCAACUAAAAUUUCUGGGGUUGAGCGCUACUCAGUUACAAAAGUCUAGUUUGCAGCCAAUUGCUCACUUGAAUGUCAGUAAGGUUUUGCUGGUUUUAGGAGACACGUAUGGGGAAAAAGAAGACCCUGAAAGUCUUCAAGACUUCCAUACAGAGAGUCUACAUAUAGUUUUCCCCACCAGGAAGGAGUUCUACUUCACUUUGGAUGUGUCAGUCAGCACUGCAGUUAGUUUGGAACUCUCUAAUAUCAAAUGUGUGGUGCAUGAGAAGCAAUGUUUUUAUUUCCUAAAUGUUUUAUCGAAACUUCAAAAGAAUCCAAGCUUAUCAAAUCUCACCUUAAACAACAUUGAAACAACUUGGGGUUCUUUCAUUCGAAUUCUGCAGUUGGUUUGGCAUACAACCAUCAAGUAUUUCUCAAUUUCAAAUGUGAAACUCCAAGAUAAGCUUGAGAACAGAGUGUUUUAUUAUUCAGGCACAUCUCUAAAGGCUUUGUCUGUACGACAUGUUGUUAGUGAUGUGUUCAGUUUCCCACAAAGUAAUAUCUACAAAAUCUUUGCAAAUAUGAAUAUCCAAAACCUCACAGUGUCUAAUACACACAUGAUCCACAUGCUUUGCCCAUCCCAAGUUAGUCCGUUUCUGCAUUUGGAUUUUUCCAAUAAUCUCUUAACAGACAAGGUAUUUACAGAUUGUGAGCACCUAAUUAAGUUGGAAACGCUUCGUUUACAAAUGAAUCAGUUAAAAGAACUUGUAAAUGUAAUUUAUAUGACCAACAAGAUGAAGUCUUUACAACAAUUGGAUAUUAGCCAGAAUUCUCUAAGGUAUGAAGAUGUAACUGCUUGUUCUUGGGCUAAAACUUUAUUAAUUUUAAAUAUGUCUUCCAAUGCACUUACUGAUUCUAUUUUUAGAUGUCUGCCUCCCAAAGUCAAGGUUCUUGAUCUUCACAAUAACAGAAUAACAAACAUCCCCAAGGAUGUCAUCCAUUUGGAAGCUUUGCAAGAACUCAACAUUGCCUUCAAUUCUUUAACUGACCUUCCUGGAUGUGGUCCCUUCAGCAGCCUCUCUGUGCUCAUCAUUGACCACAACUCAGUGUUCCACCCAUCAGCUGAUUUCUUCCAGAGCUGCCACAGGAUUAGGUCAAUAAAUGCAGGCAGCAACCCAUUUCAAUGUACAUGUGAGUUAAGAGAAUUUGUCCAAAACCUAGGCCACAUAUCAAGUGAAGUGAUAGAGGGCUGGCCUGAUGCCUAUAAGUGUGACUAUCCUGAAAGGUCUAAAGGAACCCUACUAAAGGACUUCCACAUGUCCCCGUUAUCCUGUAACACAGCUCUGCUCAUUGUCACUAUUGGGGCCACCAUGCUGGUGUUGACCGCCACAGUGACCUUCCUCUGCCUCUACUUGGAUCUGCCAUGGUAUCUCAGGAUGGUGUGCCAGUGGACCCAGACCCGGCGCCGGGCGAGGAAUGUCCCCCUAGAGGAACUCCAAGGAACUCUCCAGUAUCAUGCUUUCAUAUCGUACAGUGGGCAGGAUUCUGCCUGGGUGAAGAGUGAAUUGCUACCAAAUCUAGAGAGAGAAGGUACACGGCUUUGCCUCCAUGAGAGAAACUUUGUUCCUGGCAAGAGCAUUGUGGAAAAUAUUAUAAAUUGCAUUGAGAAGAGUUAUAAGUCUAUCUUUGUCUUGUCUCCCAACUUUGUCCAGAGUGAGUGGUGUCAUUAUGAGCUCUAUUUUGCCCACCACAAUCUCUUCUAUGAAGGGUCUGAUAAUUUAAUCCUGAUCUUGCUGGAACCCAUCCCACACUAUUCCAUUCCUAGCAGCUAUCACAAACUCAAAACUCUCAUGACCCAGAGGACUUACUUGGAAUGGCCCAAGGAGAAGAGCAAACAUGGAUUGUUUUGGGCCAAUCUAAGAGCAGCCAUUAAUGUUAAAUUGAUGGGACAAGGAAAAGAAAUGAAUCACACUUAGAACUAAAAAUGUUGCUAAGUUUUGAA